GAAAAAAGAAGAACAAAAAUACAUUUUUAAGUUAAUGUUCUUGGAUCUUAAAAUCCAAAAACCCAAACUGCAAAAGAUACUACCGCAUAUGGUAUCUAGCAUAAGAGUAACCAGUCCUGUAGAGUUAAAAUAAACCCCAGAACUCCCCCCAAAAAUACCAAACACUUGGGUGGGAUGUGAGGAAAGAAAUAUCAUGUGAGGAAAGAAAAUGAUAAAACUACUGUACUCAACAGGAGGGAGUUCAGAAGGCAAACAGCUGAAUGGAACAGCUUCAUCAUUUCUUUACAAUGUAUUCUCCUGGCCCUGCUUUGUUCAGCACAAAGGUUUUUAAGGCUGAAUUCUUUUGAUCUGUAUGUUACACCCCCUAGCAUGGUGAAGCCCCAUCUCGUGAUCAAGGGUUUGAGACAAACAAAAAGCAGCAGCUCCUGAACUUGAAGGCUUGUAAAUUGUAUGCAGAGCAAAGCUUAUUCCUGGACUCUUGCUCUAGUCACUUUAGCACAGUCCUGUUUACACAGAUGAUUGGUAUGUCUGGAAAGACACUAUGCUACAAAUGCUUCACCUCCCUUUCCUGGCUUUAGAAGCAUCCAAGAACCUCACACACAGCAGGUUAAUAAAUUUAUCCUUACAAGCAACCUGGCAACAUCACUCUCGUUUUAGAGGAAAUUGAGGUGCAGAGAAAGUUGCUGGUAUAGGAUUUCAAGAGAUUGCUCCUAGCCAGAUUCUCAAGUGUGUUCCCAUCAUGGUGGGAGCUAGAUGGAGAGCUUGAUUCCCAUCUGGGCACCCCAAUGAGAAACAGAUUUUCACAAGUGAUUAGCACCCAGUAGCUCUCACAAUGGCACUUGCAGACAUUUUCUAAGAAGUUCCUUUGAUCCUCUGGCCACUGCUUCAGUGGAGGCAGAAAGCUUUUGAAAAAUCUUAUCCCGUUUGUGGGUGCUGAGCGCUUCUCAAAAUUCUUAAGUGACCUGGCCAAGGAUGCAGACUAAAAUCUGAGCAGAACCACUUUGCCUAAUCCCUAGGCCAGUGAUUUAACCACAAGUGUAUUCUUCCAUCUUCAGCAGAGAAAGAAUUAGACACUAGUUGAGGCAGCAAUCAAAAUGCCAAACAGCCACCAGUCUGCCAAGAAAAAUGCCCGGAUACUUGCGGGCAAACCAGACAGCCACAUUUGGUAUUUUCCUGAGAAAGGAUUAUUUCUAACAGCAGUGCCAGUGUCUGGCAACCUGGUUCAUGCUCUUUCCAGAUGUACCUCUUUUUUUCUGGACUAAAACCUUUGUGAACAUGCCCCCAAAACAGGCACACCCUUCCCACUCUUCAGAAAAAGCAGCAGCUAUCCAAACACUGUCCUGUCUCCAUUAUUCUUAGAGAGCCAGGCACGCUUGGGCAAGAAACUCUAUUUUGUGUGACAACUAAGAAGCAGUGAUUGUGUCAGUGAAGAUUCUAGUUUUCAUUGAAUAUUUCAUUCAUUUUUGAACAUAAGCAACCACUUAGCUGCAGUUGUGCUAGAUGCAGAGGAGGAAACACAUGCUGUUCUUGGCCGGACUUUACCUCUGUGGGAAGCAGCAGCCUCCUUAAAGCAGCCUCUCUGCACUGUAUGAUUUAGCUACAUUUAUGAUUUUCCUGAACCUCAAGCAAGGACCAGAGUACCUGAAAGUGAAAAUGUGUGCAAAACCCCCAAGCCCCAGCCUGGAUCCUCUAUUUAAUGCCCUGUUUGUGUGGGGUCUAUUUGCAAAUGACAGUUUCCAAAGCUAUGAGCUAAAGGCUGACUUAAAAAUUCUUCUUCAAACUGACUGUAUUCAUUCAGCUGCCAAUUGAGAUGCUGCUCUCUGUGUCACUCAGGAGCAGCUUGUUGGACUGUCUAUCACAGGACUCCAUGUCAGAAUCCAGCUUUCAUUAAAUGCUGUCUGUCUGGCCUCUGUCCUCAGCUUUCAGACCACCUCCCAAGUAUCUGACCAGUCUGGCAAUAUGAAGAUAAGGCACCCAGUCACUAGUAUGAUUUAAGGGAGCACAGAUAUUACAUGAAAAGUAAAUGCAGAUUGUCAGAAUCCUUCAGAUUUGAUAUUCAGCACUGUUAUGAUCUCUUCAUUACUGGAUGUGGAGUCUGGAUAUCAGAACUGGUAUAGUGAAGUACUCUUCUAUUAAACUAAGGAUCAACCUAAAAUCAACAAAAUAACACCAGGCCUAACGAUCAGGAAAUCUGUGUCUCUUAGAGUGCAAAGCAACCAACCUGUCCAUCUUCUGCCUUGUCCCAAAACCUCAAUGUGAUGGUCAUGCUGCUCUUCCCUGUGCAGCUGCUGGCAGUGGCUGUCACUGUUUACCUAGAGCUGGUGAGGUCUGCUCAAGGUGGUGCCUACUAUGGGAUCAAGCAGCUGCCACCUCAGGUGCCCCAGUACCAACCCCUCGGACAACAAGUACCUCACAUGCCGCUGGGCAAAGAAGGCAUCCCGAUGCAGCACCUGGGCAAGGAGGUGCCCCACAUGCCCUAUGGGAAGGAGUACCCCCAUCUGCCCCAGUACAGGAAGGAGGUCCCGCAGAUGCCCAUGCUCGGCAAGGAUAUGGCUCCCAAGAAAGAGAAAGAAAUUCCCAUGCGCAGUCUGAGGGGUGAGCAAGGCCCCCCGGGUGAGCCUGGACCACGAGGGCCACCAGGGCCACCAGGAUUACCAGGUCAUGGUGUACCAGGAGCCAAAGGAAAACCAGGCCCACAAGGAUACCCAGGAAUUGGAAAGCCGGGUUUGCCAGGGAUGCCAGGAAAGCCAGGGGUCAUGGGGCCCCCAGGGCCAAGAGGGGAGAUGGGGCCGAAGGGGGAGAUUGGGCCCAUGGGGAUACCUGGACCGCAAGGACCACCAGGGCCUCAUGGGCUUCCCGGCAUAGGGAAAGCGGGCGCUCCGGGGCUGCAGGGGCAACCAGGGCCAAAGGGUGAGCCUGGGAUGAAGGGGCCACCAGGAAUCCCUGGGAUCCCAGGGCCAAAGGGGGAGAAGGGGGUCGGGAUCCCGGGUUUGCCGGGCCUAAAGGGUCCACCUGGGCUGCCUGGUCCCCCCGGCCCCGUGGGGCUGCCAGGGGUGGGCAAACCGGGCAUGGUUGGCUUCCCCGGCCCACAGGGACCUCUGGGCAAACCCGGACCCCCAGGAGAAUUAGGGCUGCAGGGGCCUCCAGGGGCCCCCGGGAUCCAAGGCCCUCCUGGCCCUCCUGGCAUCGGCAAGCCCGGCCAGGACGGCAUGCCUGGCCAGCCCGGCUUCCCGGGCGGCAAAGGGGAGCAGGGAUUGCCAGGCCUGCCGGGGCCCCCCGGCCUCCCCGGGGUUGGCAAGCCGGGCUUCCCCGGGCCCAAAGGGGAGCGAGGUGUGGGUGGUCUGCCUGGCCCCCUGGGGCCGAAGGGGGAGAAGGGGCACCCACCCGCCGUGGGACAGUACCUGCCUGAGGUGGGGCCAGGCAUAGACGGCGUGAAGCCUCCCUACGGCUACAAGGGCAAGAAAGGCAAGGCUGGCGGCAUCGUGUACGAGAUGCCCGCGUUCACGGCAGAGCUCCUCACGCCCUUCCCCCGCGUCGGGGUGCCUAUAAAGUUCGACAAGCUCCUGUACAAUGGGCGGCAGAACUACAACCCCCAGACGGGCAUCUUCACCUGCGAGAUCCCCGGCGUCUACUACUUCGCCUACCACGUCCACUGUAAAGGCGCCAACGUGUGGGUGGCGCUGUACAAGAACAACGAGCCGCUCAUGUACACCUACGACGAGUACAAGAAGGGCUUCCUGGACCAGGCUUCGGGCAGCGCCGUGGUGCAGCUGAUGCACGGAGACAAGGUUUACGUUCAGAUGCCAUCCGAGCAGGCGGCAGGACUCUAUGCCGGGCAGUACGUUCAUUCGUCUUUUUCAGGGUAUUUAUUGUAUCCCAUGUAAAACGAAACAGACACACACACACAGCACACACACACGAAAUCAAAACCUUUCUCCGCUGCUUCAAACUUUUAUACCACGAAAGACGCGUUUUAUGACCAUUUUGGACCAUCUUGUACAAAACCAAAAAAAUAAAUACAAAGUUUAACAUUAUGCACAGCUACUUAUAAAAAACAAAGGUGUGGUGAACAUAUCUAAAGAUGUGUAUCAGGUUCAUAAACAGUUGUUUUGCACCCAAGGGGGACAUAUUAGCUGUACAUUAUAUAUUUCUGCAAUGCCAUGCUUACUUAAUUUCAUUCACAGUAAUUCAGUACUAAAGUUCAAAUCAGUGUAUGUCACUCACUCCUGUUGCAUUGAUCAUAGUUAUGAGAUGAAAAACAGUGACUUAAACCAGAGUAGGUCAGUCUCUAAUUAUAUUAAGAAAUUUGAGUGGCUUAUUUGUCUGGGUGGGGGUUUUCUUGGGUUUUUGACAGCAGGUCUGCCUGACAAGCAAAGGUUCUCUUAGCUGGAGACUUGUAUUUCCCUUCCCUUGUAGUAAAAUAAUCCUGCAGGUGUGGGUUUUUUCCUGAACAAUUUAUUUAUGAUGGAAGAGGAAUCCUGAUGGCAUGAUCAUUCCCCUGAGCCACCUCUAGCAGUCAUUGGAACUAAAAUGUCACCACCAACUCCAGGCAGGCACUGGUUUCACCUCCAAACGCCACAGCACUUGGAAAGUUUCCAUUCUCU